CUGGCGCAUCACCACACACACGUACAACCACAGACUCCCAUCAUCUUUUUCAUCUGUGAACGAUACAUACAACACACACACACACACAUCAUCCAUCACAAUCAAACCAAACCAAACCCAACCCCCCAAAAAACCCCACCAAAGAAAAAAAAAACCCCCAUCAUCCAACCAAAAUGUCCAUCUUCCUCGCCCUCCGCCUCUUGAAACGCAUCUUCCUAAAAUCCAAAUCCCAGGACACCAACAACAACCCCGAAACCAUCAACCUAAGCUACCCCCCACCACCCAAUCAACCCCCUCAACGCCCACGCCUAAAGCACUACACGGAACUCACCCUCCACUUCACCCAGCUCAUCUUCGGUCUAACAACCCUAAUCCUCUACGGGAAGGACGUGCACGCCUCCCACAAGGAUAACAAACAUGCCGAUCCACGAUGGGUCUACGCCAUCGUGACGGGGAUGAUGGGGUGCGGGACAGCGCUGUUCUAUCUUGUGUUGAUGCACUGGGUGUUGAAGAAGCGGACGCCGUUGGCGGCGAGGAUGAGGUGGAAUUUGCCGUUGUUUGUGUGGGAGGCGGUGCUGUGUGUGUUUUGGUUGACGCUGUUUGGGAUCUUUGGGGAGAUGUAUAUUGGGGAUUAUGAGGAUAGUAGUAAGGUGACGAGGAUGAGGCAUGCCGUGUGGGUGGAUUUGGUUAAUUUGGGGUUGUGGGUGGGAAGUGCCCUGUGGAAGGGGGUGAGGUGGUGGAGGGGGCAGAGGGCCGUGGUGGGGGUGGAUGCAGUGGAGAAGGGAGAGGGAGAGGGGGUUUAGGUGGUGCAUGUUAAUGGGUACGGGAGGGUAUGAUGGGAUGGGUUAUGAUGAAUGGAAUGGGUGGGGUGGAGUGGGAUGGAAUGGGGGAGAAGAGGAAGAUACGGAUG